AUGGUCAAUAAUAUGGCUAGUACGGGAAAUGAUUUUGCCCAACGUACACGUCUAUUGGAAGAGCGUAUUGUUGAUCCACGUUCAUCAAUUUCAAUAGAUAGUUUACUUGAUUCAAUUAUUGCUUUAAUUUAUGAUAGUGAAGGUCUUAAAAAGACAAAAAAUUUCGAUGGAUUUUAUGGAAAAUUUCAUGGAUCUACACGAGAAAUUCGUGAUAAACGUGUUAAUUUUGAUGAUUUUGAAAUAAUUAAAAUUAUUGGUCGAGGUGCUUUUGGUACAGUUGAUCUUGUACGACGAAAAGCAACUGGACAAGUUUAUGCUAUGAAAACAUUGAGUAAAUUUGAAAUGUUAAAACGAUCGGAUAGUGCUUUCUUUUGGGAAGAACGAAAUAUAAUGGCUUUUUCAAAUAGUGAUUGGAUUGUUAAACUUUAUUAUGCAUUUCAAGAUGCUAGAAAUCUGUAUAUGAUUAUGGAUUAUAUGCCAGGUGGUGAUUUAAUAACAUUACUUACACGAUAUGAAAUCAAUGAAAAUUCUGCACGUUUUUAUUGUGCUGAAGUUGUACUUGCACUUGAUGCUAUUCAUAGUAUGGGUUAUAUCCAUCGAGAUGUUAAACCAGAUAAUAUGUUACUUGAUGCUCGCGGACAUUUAAAAUUAGCAGAUUUUGGUACUUGUAUCAAAAUGGAAAAAGAUGGUCUUGUUCGUUCGGAUACUGCAGUUGGUACACCUGAUUAUAUAAGUCCUGAAAUAUUAAAAUCUCAAAGUACAACUGGUGUUUAUGGACCUGAAGUUGAUUGGUGGUCUGUUGGUGUAUUUCUUUAUGAAAUGUUACUUGGUGAAACACCAUUUUAUGCUGAAUCAUUAGUUGGAACAUAUCAUAAAAUAAUGAAUCAUCGAGAUAAUCUUGUCUUUCCAGAUGAAAUCCCUUUAUCUACAGAUGCUCGUGCACUUAUUUGUGCAUUUCUUAGUGAUCGAUCAACACGUUUAGGUAAAAGUGGUGUUGGAGAAAUAAAAGCUCAUGCAUUUUUUAUAAAUCAAAAUGAAUGGACAUGGGAAACAAUACGAAAAGCUUCAGUUCCUAUUGUUCCACCAUUAACAAAUGAUGAAGAUACAAGUAAUUUUGAAGAAAUUGAAAAAUGUGAUGGUCCAUCUGAAGAAUCAUUUUCUGUUAGUAAAACAUUCGUUGGAAAUCAACUUUCAUUUGUUGGUUUUUCAUUUUCUAAUGAAGCACAACCAUUUCUUGAUCGUCGUUCAACAACAAAUUUCAAUAAUUUUAGUAAUUCUGAAUUAGAACAACGUUUACAAGAAAGUGAACGAAUUAAAAAUGAAUUAGAAAUUCGAAUGAGACGUUUACAUGAAGAUUUAAAUGCUAAAUGUCAAGAUGAAAAAAUUUUAAAUAGUAAAUUAUAUGAACUUGAAAGAAAAAAUGUUGUAUUAGCAACAGAAAAUAAAGAAGCUCAACGAAAAUAUGAACUUGAAUUAGAAAAUCGUCGAACAUUUGAACGUAAUUUAGAUGAAGUUCAACGUUUACUUGAUAAUGAACGACAAGUUAAAAAUCAAAUGGGUGUAACAAAUCGAGAAUGGACAGAUAAAUUAAUUAGUCUUGAACGACAAUUAAAUGAAACAAAUGAAAAACUUAAAAUUGAACUUGAUAGUAAUAUACGUUUAAAAAAACAACAUCAAGAUAUACAAAAAAAUUGUACACAACUUGAACGUUCAUAUAAUGAUAUACAUGAAAAAUAUCAAGAAUUAAUUGCAAUUAAACUUAAAUUUGAAAAAGAUAUUAUUAAUCAACAAGCUAAUUUUGAACAAGAAAAAACUGCUAAAUAUAUGGCAUUAGAUAAAAUUCAAGAACUUGAAGAAAAAUGUAAUACAAUGACAAUUGAAUUAUCAAAAUAUAAAGAACGUGAUCUAUUACAAAUAAAUGAACUUGCUGAUUUACGUCAAUCAAGUGUUUUCCUAGAACGAGAAAAAGUUAAUCUUCAAGUUGAAAUUGAUUCAUUACGUUCAAAAUUAAUUGAAGAAGAACUACGACAACAAAAAUUACAAGAACAAUUUCUUGUUGAAAAACUUAAACGUGCUGGAACACUAAAUUCAACUGAUGCUGAUAUUAAACAUGAUAGUCAAGAAAUUAUUAAAGAUCUUGAAAGAAAAUUAGAUGCUGAACGUUUAUCAUUAAAACGUUCAAAUGAUGAAUUAAUUCAAACACAAAAAAAAGUUCGUAUAUUAGAAAUGGAUUUAAAACAAAUAACAACAAAUUAUAAUCAUUUAAUACAUGAUCAUGAAUUAUCAAAACAAUCAAAUGAACAAAUUAUUGAACAAAUGGAAUUUGAUCAUCAACGUCGUACACAAUAUGAUAAAGAUUUAAAACAAUUACAACAACAAUUUGAUAAUUCAUUAAAUAAAGAAAAACAAAUGUUAAAUGAAUUAAAUCAAAUACGUAAAGAAAAUGAACGUUUAAAUAAAGAAUUACGUAUAAUUAAUAAUGAAUAUGAAAAUAUUAAAACAAAAAUUAUUGAUUAUGAAGAACAAGUUGAAGUUGAAAGUAAAUUUUCUAUUCUUUAUCGAACACAAAUGAAUGAAUUAAAAGAUGAAAUUAAUGAAUUAACUGAUAAAUUACGUCAAACAACAAAUGAACAAAAAAAUCUUGAAGAAGAAAGAGAUAAUCUUUCUAAACAACUUGAAAUAGCAAAUGUUAAAUUAAAAACUGAAAGUUUAAAUUUAAAUCUAUUACAAGAACAGUGUGCUGAAUUAGACAAAGAAAAAAAUAUUAUGAUUAUUGAAGUUGAAGCUUUACAUACUGAUUUUAAUGGUCGACUUGCUUUAUUAGAUUCAGAAAUUAAUACGUUUCGAGAUCGAUAUGAAAAAUGUCAAUAUGAUCUUGAACAAGCGAUAAAAGAUCGUGAAGCUAUGUCAAAUAAAUUUAAACCUAUGCUUGAUCAAAUGCAUGAACUAGAACGACAAGUAACUGAAUUACGUAAAAAAGCUGAUGAUGAACGUGCAAAAAAAGAAGCAGCAGUAAAAAAACUUCAAGAAAUAGUUACAAAUCCAAUACAAAAUAAUCCAUUUUUAUCUCGACCAACUGGUAGUAGUCGAAGACAUGAUCGUGAUAGAAAUGAUCGUAAUAUUGCACGACGUCUUGAACAAGCCUUAGAAGUUGAACGUACAAAAUAUAAAAAAUUACAAACUGAAAAAGAUGAAGAAUUAUCAACAUUAUCUGAAGAUAUAAAUAAAUUAAAACGUGAAUUAGAAACACGACGAGAUGAAAUUGAAAAAUAUAAACGAAUACUUGAAACACGUGGAUCAAUUGAUAAUAUUUCAUUAACAAGUGAUGAUUUAGAUGAUGAUCGAGAUCGUUUGGAAAGUUGGGUACAAAUUCCAACACGAAAUAUUCGACGUGGUGGUUGGAAACGACAAUAUGCUGUUAUUGCUAAAAAUAAAUUAUUAUUAUAUAAUUCUGAAAAAGAUCAAUUAGCAGCUAUUUCAAUUGAUGUUGAUAAACUUUAUCAUGUUCGUGCUGUUACACAAGGUGAUGUUCUUCGUGUUGAUCCAAAUAUGAUACCGAAAAUAUUUCAAGUGUUAUAUGAUAGUGAAGGUCAAACAAUGUUAAAUAAUUCAACAACAACAAUGUCAAAUUCAAUGAUUCAUUCACAAGAACAAGAUCGUCAUAGUGGAGAAACCAUUGAAUACAAAGGUCAUAGUUUUGUUGUUGUUGCUUACCGUAUGCCAACACAAUGUGAAACAUGUAAUCGUCCAUGUUAUAAUGUUUUUUCUCCUCCACCAUGUCUUGAAUGUACACGAUGUCAUGUUCGUUGUCAUAAACAACAUUAUGAUGAUAGAGAAGAAUUUAUGUUACCAUGUCGAGUUAAUGAUAAAUUAUCAGUUAAAGAAUUAUUAGUAAUGUGUGCAAGUGAAAAUGAACAAAAACAAUGGAUUACUAAAUUAAGUAAAAAAAUACCAAAACGUGGAAUUAUAUCUCAACAUGAUCAUACACCUUCAUCAAGAACAAGUACGACAUCAUUUCGUUCACCAAAUACGAGUAUUAGUUCAUCAGCUUCCAAUCUAUUUGGUAAUAAUGCUGGUCAAACACCAAAACAAAAAUCAUCAACACUUCCGGCUCGUGCUAAAUAA